AUGUCUGCUUUUGACUACCCGUUACAAAAUGAGGAGGCACGAUUUGAUUAUAAGUUAGUCAAUCAGAAUGGGAAGCUUUCUGAAGUAUCCCUCAACAAAAAGACCCGAAUGCUCACAUUGUUUGAUUCAAAACAACAAACUGACGAAUGUCGCAAAGUAGCAAUAUCAGUUCCAACACAGGACGAUGAAGAGGAGAUUAAUGCGAAAUUGGAACAAGGCUCUUUACAAAAGGCCAGUCGCAAACGGAUUGCGGGCGAUCUUGACGAUACUCAAAUGGAGCAUCUUGCUCCAUAUGAUGAUAUGAUCUCUUCUGAUACGGAUUCUGUAGUGCAAGCAUCAGCCACAUCGUCAGUUUCGAAUCAUGUUGGUGCCUCCCUCCCACAAAGAAACGUCUUACAUCCAAUUCAGACCAUUUGCACAUGCACGGCGUGCCUACGAGCCCAUAUCGAUGCUGGGGAAAAUUCGCUGAAUCCGUUAAAAUCGUCCGCAAACUCCACUACAGCGCUGACCAACACUGCCAAUACUACCAACCAGGUAUCAACAGAAACACUAACAGCGCCAGCAUCGUUAUCCUCUUCUUCUUCUUCUUCUUCUUCUUCUUCAACAACAACAACAACAUCAUCAUCAUCGGGUAUCUCGCAAAGCUAUCAUGCACCAAAUACACAAGGCUCAGCUAGAUCCGCAGUUAGCACGCCUGGAUUGGUAAACCGGGAUCAUGUACGUAAGGCUCGAACACCAACUCAGGUCAAUUCCCCAACUCAUACCCCUGAACUGGAAAGCGAAGAAGACCAUUUUCAGCAACUUCCUCUUCCAUCGCCUAGUGCGUCUCCCAUUCAGCUGGACUCUGAAGGAGAUGUUGCUGGUGGAGCAGUAGUGGUGUCUUCUGCAACGAGUACAGGAACGGGAAUGAAAAAGAGUCCUCGCACACAAUCAAAAAAACUCAACUGGAUAUCAUUGAGAGUCACAUGUCGGUGGUUCCUGGCACGCAAGUCGAAUCAAAACUAUUUAAUCUUUAAAUUGCUACAAAGAACAAACCGAUCCACGUUGAGCACUUUCAAUGGUCUUAUUCAUAACAGUUUAAGGAGAGAUUUAAUUGGUAAUUUGCCAUUUGAGAUUGCCAUGAAAGUCUUGUCUUAUUUGGAUUACAAAACUCUUUUGUCAUUGGGUCAAGUGUGUAAGAAAUGGUUUCAAAUCAUCAAUAAUGCCGAUAUUUGGACUAAUUUGCUUAAAAAAGAUAAGUUGAUUACAAGCGAUGCAAUUAUAAAGUACGAACUUAAUUUUAAGGAUCAGUUGAUGCAAGAAUGGUGCACCAUGCCAUACGAUAUCAAUGCGGUGCAGGUAUUGUACAAGAAGCGCAAAAUGAUUGUUAACCGAUGGCUUGACCCUAACUUCCAACCCAAGCGGAUUAGUGUUACUGGCCAUGGAAAUAAGGUUGUUACUUGUUUGCAGCACGAUGAAGAGAAGAUUGUUACAGGACCAACCGUUAUUGGCGAGGACUCCAAUGGUAAAGAAAUUGUUUUUCCAGAGUAUCCACUCUUGGUUACUGGAUCUCGUGAUCAUAAUAUACAUGUUUGGCGGCUACCAAUUUUGAGCGACGAUGAUAAUGAUGCCAACGACAAAUUGGACGAACCUCCAUUUGAAGGUGGGGAAUUGAUAAUCCGUACUUGA